AUGUCGAACGUCGCGAGCCCCGUGACCAGCCCCGGCCUUGCCAACUUGGACAGCCCCUUGGGGAUGGGUGUGGGCAUCGGCAGCGGUCUGCAGGGCCUGGCCACUGCUGGCCUGCAGUACGGCCUCGGGGGGGGGCUUGGUGGCAUGCACCUGGGGGACGGCGGGGCUGCCACCUCGCCCUUGGCCUCAAUCAGGAAGGGCGAUCAGGGGGGCCAGAUGGGGAUGAUGCCCGGGCUCAGUUUCCAGAGGGGUGGCGCCCCCAACGUGGGAGUGCUGGGCGGGUUGGGCAUGUUGGGGAGCGGGCCUUUGACUGAUGUCCUGGGGGUUUCUGGUCAGGGCGCCAUGCUGCAGCAGCAGAUCGCACAGGCCAACGCAGUGAACGUCGUCAAUGCAGCCAUCGCACAGCAGCAGCAGCAGCAGCGGCAGCAACAGCAGCAGCAGCAGCAGCAACGCCUGUCGGCUGCACAACAGGUAGCGAUGCAGCAGUCCGCAAGCCUGGGAAGGAGCAUGCUGUCUGGGCCAUCGGGCCUGAGGCUGGGACAAAUGGGGAUGGUCCAGUCGGAUGCUAGCGUUGGGAUUGGAAAGGAAGACAUCAUGCUGCCGCCAGACGCUGCCUCCACGUUGUACGUCGAUGGCAUACCUGCUGACAUAUCAAGGCGUGAGUUUGCCCAUGUCUUCCGGCCCUACGAUGGCUACAAGGGCUCGAGGGUGGUGAUAAAGGAGCGGGAGAACGGCAAGUCGAUGCAAGUGUACGGCUUCGUGGACUUCAGCACCCCGCAGGAGGCUGCCUACGCCAAGCAGCAGCUGCAGGGCUACCCCAUGGACCUCGAGGAGGAGACCACCAACUGUCUCAACAUAUCAUACGCCCGUCCCCUGCGAAACCCCAAUGUGGUUAGCAGGAAGGGUCACAAGGCACGUGGAAAGGCCGUGUGA